AUGGUAUCUACCAAGUAUGUGUCCGCUCUCGUGGCGGCCUCAAUAUUCUCCAUGGCAUCCGCAGACGAUAGCGCGUCAUCCGUCGUCUCGAUUCCCACACCAACAGCCAGCGUCGCCCUUGCCGCAAUGACAGACAUUGGAUGCUUUUCAACUGCAGUGCCCCUUGAAGAUCACGGCUCAUGGACAUACCAAACAUCUGGAAACUGUCAGCCCAUCUGCGUCGGAUUGAAGAAGCCCGUAAUGGGGCUUGUCGAUGGGACCAACUGCUGGUGUGGUGAUCUAAUUCCCCCGAAGAAAGCACAGGUCGACAACUCAUCUUGUAAUACUCCUUGCAACGGAUAUGACAAAGCAACGUGUGGUGGUCCUUCUAAGUGGUGGAUAUCUCUUACCGGAUUGACUAAGAAUCAUAUUGACUAUUACGACCCGGCAUCGCCCUCUGCUACUGCAUCAAAGGGCACUCCUUCCCCUGUCGUCACAAUCGGAUCUACUGUCAUCAUCAUGGCUUCCGAGUCUCCCACUGGAGGAUCGAAUAAGGGAAGCAGCGGUCCGAACAAGGCUGGAAUCGCUGCCGGAGUAGUGGUCGGUGUUGUUGUCCUUGCUGCAAUCAUUGCGGGUGUCUUCUUUUUCUUGCGACAGAAGCGAAGACAUGCAGUUGAGGAAGAGUAUCGCCGUCAGGCCGCCGUCAAUUCAUUUGUGUCAGGCGGCAAGCUCCACACGAGCAAUUCAUCCAUGACCGACUCUCGGCUGGACCCCGAGUUCAUGAUGCGGAGAGCAAGCAACGGCAGCAUUGCGGAUAAUGAGGACUACUCUAGGCGGAUAUUGAAGGUGACCAACCCAUCGAACUAG